GCAAAUAUAAGUCUGAACCUUUCAGAUGGAUCAAGCAAGAAUUAUGAGCAUUUUCAGGUUAUUUAUACAUAACUCAAGAUUUUGGCAUAGUAUUUUCUACAUGUAGCCUGUUGCCUAUCCACUUCUUAGAGACCUUUAAUAACGAGAAAUCUGCCUUUCCUUGUUCUGCACUCAUUAUCUCUGCUUUCGUCAAGCAUCUUCUGGGAGAGUUAUUGUUAUCCCAUUAAGUAUGAAGGACAGAAACAAAACAUUUUUGAACAGAAAGCUCUGGAUCUUCAUAGGACUUGAGCUGAGUAUCAUUUAUCCUGUCUUGGGCACCAGAAUCACAUUUUAGAACUCAUUUGCCUUCAUACACCUGACCAGCUCUCUUCACCUGCAUCUCUUUCUCUUUACACACUUGAAUGCUCUGUAGAUGAGGAAGAAUCACUUACCCUAAUCAUUGGUGUAGCUGAGAGCUUCUAGUGCUUGGGUGACUCUUUUCCUUAAUACUAAAUGGUAGAGUCAAUGAGAGUAAUACCGAAUGAUAUAGUCCUUGAGAGUAAUACUUUCAAGCGGCAUUUUCCUGAAGGAAUCUCAGGCUCUGUGAACAAUUAUAAUUGUGCAGGUGUCCAGAAUAACAUUGGCCUGCCAACUGGAUGGACACCCUGAUCUCUUGUGACUGUACCAAACAGAUUUGUUAUACCUUGUGGAAAGAGAAACAUUUAAUUUUUUAAUUUAGCGUUGUUGUUUUUUUUCCUUGCUUGCUUCUUAAGUAAAACCAAUCUAGUUUCUUUUUCUGAAGCAAAGGAGGAAGGAACAAACAACAAAUUAAUCAGACAGGAAGCGAAUAACCACAGAAAGACGUCUGCCUCUGACUCAGUAUGUCACAUUUAACAAGAGGCCAGAACUUGUCCAAAAUGGCUGUUUAAAAACGACCCCACACUUGCGUUAGAAGAUGAUGCCUUUUUCAGGGACCGUUUUCUCUCUGGGCUCACAUCUUGCUUGUCUGUCUACCUGUGUCCCCGAUCAUGCCUUCCUACAGUAUCCUCUAACGAUUCAUCAGCAAGGCUGUUGAAAGUGUAACUGUCCGAGAUGCCCGUCCCUCCCCCUCCGGCGCCCCCGCCCCCACCGACGUUUGCUCUGGCCAAUACAGAAAAGCCUACCUUGAAUAAGUCCGAACAGGCUGGGAGAAAUGCCCUUCUGUCUGACAUCAGCAAAGGGAAGAAACUGAAGAAGACUGUCACCAAUGACAGAAGUGCACCGAUAUUGGACAAGCCCAAAGGCGCUGGUGCUGGUGGCAGUGGUGGCUUUGGUGGUGGCGGAGGUGGCGGUGGCAGUUUCGGAGGGGGUGGACCGCCUGGUUUGGGAGGACUGUUCCAGGCUGGGAUGCCGAAGCUGAGAUCCACAGCCAACAGGGAGAGUGAUUCUGGAGGAAGCCGACUCCCAGUUUUGCCACCGGGAGGAAGAUCCACAUCUGCCAAACCUUUCUCACCCCCAAGUGGCCCAGGGAGAUUUCCUGUGCCUUCCCCAGGCCACAGAAGUGGUCCCCCAGAGCCUCAGAGGAACCGAAUGCCUCCCCCAAGGCCCGACGUGGGCGCAAAGCCUGAAAGCAUUCCCCCUCCAGUACCUAAUACGCCAAGACCCAUUCAAUCAAGUCUGCACAACCGAGGGUCCCCACCAGUGCCUGGGGCCCCCAGGCAGCCCAGCCCUGGGCCAACUCCUCCCCCUUUCCCUGGAAACCGAGGUGCUGCUUUUGGAGGAGGCUCCAUACGCCAGACACCCUCAGGCUCCUCCUCACCCUUCUCCAACAGGCCUCCCCUGCCCCCUACCCCCAGCAGGGCCUUGGAUGACAAACCCCCUCCUCCGCCUCCUCCAGUGGGCAACAGGCCCUCCGUCCAUAGGGAGGCAGUCCCACCCCCUCCCCCUCAGAACAGCAAGCCCCCAGUGCCUUCUACCCCGAGGCCUUCCUCCUCCUCACAGGCCCCACCGCCACCGCCGCCACCAAGCAGACCAGGCCCUCCUCCCCUGCCUCCGGGUUCCAGUGGCAGUGAUGAAACCCCAAGACUCCCACAGCGGAAUCUGUCCCUUACUUCUUCGUCUGCACCCCCCUUACCUUCACCAGGACGUUCGGGCCCUCUUCCUCCCCCGCCCAAUGAGAGACCCCCUCCUCCAGUGAGGGACCCACCAGGCAGAUCAGGCCCUCUCCCACCACCCCCUCCAAUAAGCAGAAAUGGCAGCACAUCUCGGGCCCUGCCUGCCACCCCCCAGUUGCCGUCCAGGAGUGGAGUAGAUAGUGCCAGGAGUGGACCUAGGCCUCCUCUUCCUCCCGACAGGCCUGGUGCUGGGGCACCUCCCCCUCCUCCACCAUCAACAUCAAUUAGAAAUGGCUUCCAAGACUCUUCAGGUGAAGAUGAGUGGGAAAGCAGAUUCUACUUCCAUCCGAUUUCUGAUUUGCCACCUCCAGAGCCAUAUGUACCAACGGCCAAAAGUUAUCCCAGUAAACUGGCAAGAAAUGAAACCCGGAGUGGAUCCAACCGAAGAGAAAGGGGUGCCCCUCCACUCCCUCCCAUCCCGAGGUGAUCUUUACCUGCUCUUCUCCAUCUGAGCCCAAGAGCUACUUCUGUUGUUACUAUCCAAGGGCUGCAAACCCUCCUCCCCUUGUCUUCCCUUGGCCCCUUCAUACUGGCAAUAGGGAGGAAGGUAGGGUAACAUGGGAAUGUGUGUGUGGGGGUGGGGGGGGUGGGGGGGUGGGAAUGCAGGAAAGAAAUGCACCUGGCUUUUUAUGUUGUGUAUAUUCUCAAAGCUAUUGCUUGCUUCAGCUACAGCCCACCAGCGUUGGUUGCUUAGGGGUCAGUAGGCUUUUGUGGCAAGGUGGCAGAGAUGAAUUGUGUCCUAGCUCUCAACCAACCAAAUUCAAACAUUCACUGCUUAUUUGCUACAGACUGUAAUAUUAAAGUCCCUGAGAGCUAUUUGCUUCCAUGCCCUUUUUGCAUGCUUGGCUUUCUGUCCGAUUUGCAUGCACCACAGACCAUGGAAGCAAGUUGCUGCAUCAGGGCUCAUGUAACAUUUUUCAGUUAUAGGAUGUCCAAUCUUUGGCAGUCUGAGAUAAGCUCUAGGAUAGAGCUUUCCAACGGAAAUACAAUGUGAGCCACCUAAGCAGUUUUUUAAUUUCUAGUAGCUACAUUAAAAAAGGACAAGGGGAAAUUAAUUUUAAUAUAUUUUAUUUAACCCGAAUACCCAAAAUAUUAUUUCAACCUGCAAUUAGUAUAACAACUAUUAAGGAGAUAUUUCACAUUGUGUUUUGGUACUAAGUCUUCAAAAUGCAGGUAUAUUUUACAUUGAGAGUACAUCUCCUUUCCGACUAGUCACAUCCCAAGUGCUCAGCCACAUGUGGCUGGCGGCUACCAUAUUGGACAGCACAGGCCCAGAAGACAGAGGAUGGUACAAAAACCUCUUAUUUCAAAAACAGACAAACAAAGAAAAUGCAAGAUGAGCUUUAGCCAUUCAAAAAGUAACUAAAAAUGAGGUUAAGACCUAACACCUUGUUUGGCAGACAGCUUGAUCUUAGAUUUUGCUCCCUUAUUCCCCCUCUUGCCUUAACAUCUGUUGCUUCACAAUACCAAGGUCAGAAAUUGAUCUCACAGGGUGUACAGUCACGUGGAAUAAAGCCAUGGGAAAGAAACCGAAAGCCAGCUGGGGCUUUGGGGCUCAGAGCCAGCUGCCUUGAGCUCACCUAUCAGUUGGAUUCCUGCCUUGCACUUCAUUUCCUCCCCUGUCUAGCUUGCACAUCAGGGCAGGGAGGCUCGUAGGCUCCACAGUUGUGCGAGAAAGUUAGGAAAAGGUGGCAAAUUGGAAAUGUGGAGGAAGGAAGCAGGUUUGGGUUGAUGGGCAAAACUCUAAUCUAAAUCUGAUGUUGAUGGGGUUGAGAGACAUUGCUACUACAAAUCGAAGAGAAUUUGUCUUGACUCUGCCGGGGGAAUCACUUGCCUUGGAUCUAUACAAAUACAGCUCCAUGGGAAGGACCAUAGGGAUGAGCCAGCCUUGCCCUUUUUUUGUAUGAUUUUUGUUUACAAAACUUUACUGGGACUUUUAAAUCUAGCUAUAGAUUUGGGGGGGGGGGGGAGUAUUUCCAUUUAGAUGUUUUAUAUGGUUGAUUAUGUUUAAAAUUACCAUUACUUAUUUUUUAAAAGCACGUGGCCACAUAUAUAUAUAUAUGUAUACCUAAACUUUGUAUCCUGGUUUCAGUGUAUUCAUGUAUUCCUGGGAGAUGCUAACGAGAAAUCAAUCCAAAGAAAAAUUUGAAAGACACAUUCCUAUUUAUAGAAUAAAUAAUUGUUUCAUUUAUAUAAAAGCAAAAGAACUUAGAGUUCUAAUAAAUGGGAUAUCUAAUAAAUUAUGAAGUUGCCCAUGUGAAUAUAUUGUAUUUUUGUAACUUUCCUUGCCAAAGUCUUGGGCUUAGAAGAUUAGAGAACUUGGUUUUUCUAACUCUCCUCUACCAUUCAUCUGUCUGUCAUACAGUCAUUUGGGGCCCUUUACCCAAAGAGAAUUAAGAAAUAUAAAAGUGUAACGAGCGUGGCAAAGUAUUUUCGAAAAAACAUUUUUUUUAGGUAAUAGCAUCAUUUUAUUUUGGAUUCUUUGAUCAGAUAUCAAUAGUUGAUACAAAUCCUUAUGAUAAAGCCUUAUGACCCACUUUAGAAAAGACGGAAUCUGGCCUUAAUAGCAAAUAUGGCAUAGAAAAGUCUGAUCCAAAGGAUUUUGGAUCUGAAUUUUAUAAGGGGCAGUAAGAAUGGCCAAUUUCCUGGUAUAUCCCAACCUCAUAGUGCCCUCCUAACAUCUGAAACAGAGCCACAGUACAGAGUUGCUCUUCAUCCAGGACAGAGAAGUUUUAGCAGGUCUUUUUUUAAGUAAAUGUUUCAUUAAUACACCUACACCCUUUCUUUGAAAGUUGGCAACCUAAUUGCAGCCCAAACUGAAUAAUUUCUAUGCUAAAAUCUUCAACUAUGGCAAAUCACAAAAAUGAAUAUUUUCUUCCCUGAAAUCAGGGCUCACAUUUGUUUUUUUUCCACAAUAUUUCCAGAUAAAUGUAUUCAAGAUGCAAUACAGUAUUUUAAUAUUCACAUAUCAUUUUAUAUUGAAAUGUAUUACAGUAUUAAAAUUCAGUGUUCCAUAUUUAUUUCACUAUGCAUUUUAUUUAGUAGAAGCCGAGAGAAAUGUUUAAUCCAAUGGUGCCUUACUUUGUGAUUUGAAAGAAAUCGACUUUUUAUGUCUAAGUAGCAGAUUAUUUGCAUAUUUGUAAAAACUGUUAGGCUUUUAUAUUUUAACUUGUAAUACCAAUUUUGUUAUUUUAGUAGCAGAAAUGGGAUGAUUGUUAAAGUGGCCAAAAUUUUUUGGCAUGAAAUUAAUUUUUCCCUGUUUAUAGUCAGGGACAGUAAAGGAAAAAAAAAUGUUUUUCAUACCACUGCAUUAUGUAAACAUGCACAUUUUGGUAUCGAUGUCAUUAGGACAGUUUAAAUGGCGGGGUAGAGUCUACCCUAGACAUCUGCGUCUUUGUAAGUUAGCCAGACAAUAAAUAAAAGCAGAAUGACAAGAGUGUCAA